AUGUCAAUCAACCACGAUUCCAAAAUUGUUAUUGUCGGUUCCGGCGUGUUCGGCAUCUCGACCGCGCUAUGGCUUGCUCGGAGCGGCUACCGAGACAUUACCGUCUUUGAUAUGCAAGACACAUACUCAUCGGGCUAUGACCCGAGCCAGGGGAUCGACUCUGCCUCGGCUGAUCUCAACAAGAUCAUUCGUUUCUCCUACGGCGACGAGAUCGAGUACCAGAAACUCGCCUUUCAAGCGGCCAAGAUCUGGGAGCAGUGGAACGAGCAGAUUGUCGCCGCGGAUGAGUCCGAAUUGCCUGAAAUACUGCGCAAGGGCAGCAGAAAGUUAUGGUGGAACUGCGGAUACCUGCGAAUGAGUGAGACGGCCGAAUAUGACCAGUUUGAACUCACGACGCUUGAGAAUAUGAAGCAUGAAGGGAUCAGAGAUACCCAAUUCAUGGUCGAUAAUCAAGAAGACGUUGUGCGCGCUGCGCAGAAUGGUUGGAGCCACAAACUCGACCCCUGCCAGCGAACGGAAAGGUUUGGUGUGCACAAAGCCGUGCUAGACUCUAGUGCGGGAUUUGUCGUCGCCUAUAAGAGCUGCGCCUGGGCGCAACACUUAGCCCGCAAAUCCGGCGUCAAGUUUGCGCUGCACCCAGAACAGGGCAAAGUGGUAAACGUCAACGUGGGAUCUGAUGGGAAGCCAAGCGUAGAGACUGCGGACAAGGUUACGCAUACGGCAGACUUGGUGGUCGUCUCGGGUGGCGGAUGGACUCCAGGACUUGUGCCAGAGACGGAAGGGCUGCUGGAGACGACGGCAGGCUCAGUGGCCACGAUUCACAUCCCAGAAACCCGACCCGAUCUGCGCAAACGCUUCGCGCCCGAAAACUUUCCCGUAGUGACUUGGAGCAAAGUGAGGGCCAUCUACGCUUUGCCAAUGACGGAAGGAGGUGACCUUAAGAUAGGAUACCGAAGAACAAAGUACACCAAUUUCGGCAAUGUCGAAGGACGCAGAAUCUCUGUGCCAAAGACGGCACACGUUACAAGCGAGAAAGAGACCAACAUUACAGUCGAGGCUCUCGACGCCAUCAAAGGCAAGAAAAGAAUUCUUCCUAUCGACAAUUCGUUUGUCAUAGACUUUGUACCAGGCAAAGACAAGGUUCUCGUGUGCUCGGGUGGCAGUGGGCACGGGUUCAAGUUUCUACCAAUCCUGGGAAGAGAAGUGGUCAAGAUAAUUGAGGGAAAAAGCAAGGAUGAUGUGUAUUCUCAAAUGUGGAAGUGGCGGACCAGUGAUAGCCUCAAGAAGAAUGGUUUGGAGGAGGGAGAAGCAGGCCCCAGAGUGCUUUCAAAACAGGUCAUGGCCAGUGAAGCGAAUUGGGCAUUCGAAGAAUCCUAG